AAAGGCCAAGAGUGAAGGAAGAGAGAGUUGGAAGAAGCGAAGGUAGAAGAACGAAGAUGAACUUGCGAUGGAUGGAAGCGGUGUUGCCGCUGGGAAUCAUAGCGGGAAUGCUCUGUGUAAUGGGAAACGCUCAGUAUUACAUUCACAAAGCAGCGCAUGGCAGACCUAAGCACAUCGGGAACGAUCUGUGGGACGUUGCGAUGGAACGAAGGGACAAGAAGCUUCACGAACAAGCCGCCUCCUCUUCCAAUUAACACCGUUGUUAAUGUCAUUGUGAAGAAAAUAAACUGCUCACCAGGAUUUGAGGCUCUGUUCUUGGGAAGCAGGGUGAAUCACUACAAUGGAAUUCCAUUUGUUUUCCUGUAUGCAAUUCAACAUAAGAUUUAUAAAUAUACCUAUGCUCCAAUCAUUAUUGCUAUCUCUAAGCUUGUUGAAAACUUAUUUGUUCUGAUAUAGUUGUUGCCUUCUAGAAUCUGACCAUUUUGUGCUUGACGAUUGACUGCAAAUCUUGCUACUUGGCGUCAAUGGCCGAUGAAUUAUUACGUAA